UGGCAGUCAUGGAAGCAUACUAACCAACGCGAUUCAAGCCCCCGAACCUGCGUCGAAAAGCCAAUAGAGCGCAACUAGCCUCUCUAUUGCGGGAGAAGAAAUAUAGGCAGCAACAUUAAGACUAGGUAAAUAUCAAUAGCCCCGAGUUUUAUUAAUCAGCUCCGGGGGGUAAAGCUCCUCGAAUAGGAGACAUGUAUCCCGGCUUACGGGCAGGCAAGGAUCCUCAUGCAUUGUGACGCUCUCCGCAUUUAGCAUUAAAUGCCAUUGGCAGGAUCCAAGUCCGGACUUAUCAUAGGUACCUAUCCAAUAUCUCCCUCAUCUCUCUCAUCCCCUAAGUAUCGGACCCAGCUAGUGAGGGCAUAAACCGAGCAAAUCAAACAAAAUCAUGGACUCGCUCCCGGUCCUCGAAGCCACAGUCCCCUUCAACGCCCCCAACGGCGGCAAGCCCGGCAAAACCUGGUACAAAAUCAUCGGCGACCUCUCCCCCUCCCCCAACUCCACCACCCCCCUACCACCCGUCCUCGUCGCCCUCCACGGCGGCCCCGGCGCCGGCCACCAGUACCUAUCCCCCCUCACCGACCUGUACCUCUCCCACCGCAUCCCCAUAAUCUUCUACGACCAAGUCGGGUGCGGCAACUCCACACACUACCGCGAGAAACUCGGCGACACCUCCUUCUGGACCUUCGACCUGUUCCUCGCCGAGCUCGACAACCUGAUCGACCACCUGCGCCUCCGCUCGCGGGGCUUCUACGUGCUGGGCCAGAGCUGGGGCGGGAUGCUGGUCGGGACGUAUGCGGCGAGGCGGCCGGCGGGGCUACGGAAGGCGGUGGUUGCGAGUGGGCCGGCGAGCAUGCCGCUUUACGUACAGGGGAUGAGGGGGCUGGUAGCGGGGCUAGGGGAGGCGGUUAGGGAGGUGCUGGAGAGGGGGGGUGCGCGGGGGAGCGAGGAGUACAAGAGGGCCGAGGCGGUGUUCUAUGCGAAGCACGUGUGUGCGCUGGACCCGAGGCCGGAGGAUCUGGAGCAGGCGUUUCGGAACUUGAGGGAGGAUUCGACGGCGUAUUUGACGAUACAAGGCCCCUCCGAGCUCGUUGUAACAGGGAGCUGCAAAGACUUGGAAGGUUGGAAGGACGCCCACAACAUCGAGGUCCCGGUCCUCAUCCUAAACGGGAGGUACGAUGAGAUGACGGAUCUCUGCAUGGAGCCGUGGUUCCGGACCAUCCCCAAAGUCAAGUGGGUAACGUUUGAGAACUCGAGCCACAUGAACCAUUGGGAAGCGCGCGAGCGGUAUAUGCAAGUUGUUGGUGGGUUUUUGACGAGCUGAGGGUGGUGUGUGACGGGAGCGGUAUGAGGAUGGGUACCUAGGUAUUGAAGCGGCCGCUACCAGAAUAGGGGUUCAGGAUAGCAC